AUGCCUUCUGUUCACAGCAAGCCUUUAAUACUUUGGAGAGAUCUCUCUCCUCGCUCCAUUCCUCUGGUUAAGCCAGACUCCAAUUCGCGUCGUAUUCUAGUUGUGGGGGGAGGUGUCAUCGGCCUGGUGACUGCUUGGGUUCUUCUAGAUCAUGGCUACAAGGUCACUGUUCUCGCCAAAGAAUGGCCUACAUGGUCAGACAAGCAACGACUCACUUCUCAGAUUGCUGGCGCAUUGUGGGAGUAUCCACCGGCUGUGUGUGGGCAGCAUACCAACACCAUUUCUUUAUCGAACUCCAAACGCUGGUGUAUGGAUGCUUACCAUGUCUAUAAUGCCCUUGCUUCUGAGCCCAAUAUCGCUAAGGCAUCUGGCGUCAGCAUGAAAUCUGGUGAUUUCUUCUUCCCCUGCCCGAUCGAAGAGGAUGUGGAGGAACUUUCCAAGAUGGAGGAAAUUAUGGCCAGUGGUGUAGUUGGGUUCCGCCGUGAUCGAAAUUUGGUUCAGGAGAGACUUGUUGAUCCCCGUCAUGGGGUCGUCGAUGCUUACGAGAUUCUGUCGCCCGUUAUCGACACCGAUGUCGCCAUGAAGUGGCUGCUGGACCUUGUCAAGGGCAAAGGCGCGGAUUUUGUCACAGAGACUAUCCAAGACGACCUUCUUGUGCUUGAAACGGAACUACGCAAGCGCUUCUCUGCCGAUGCCAUCGUGAACUGUACUGGUUUGGCGGGCUCUCAGCUCGCUGGAGACGACACUUGCUAUCCCAUACGCGGUGGACUGAUUCGUGUCAUGAAUGAUGGCACAGACUUUCCGAAAGUUGAAGCUGCCAUGACUAUGACAGCAGGCGCACUUCACGAUUUCAAUGAAAUUGUUUUCAUUGUGCCUCGUAACGACAAUAUCCUCUUGAUUGGUGGAAUUAUAGAACCCCACAAGUGGGAGCUUGAUCUUACCCUUGAAUCACCAACCAUCAAGCGUAUGCGAGCUCGUUGCGAAGCUUUCCUGCCUGAUCUGAAGAAGGCACGAGUAGACCCCGACUAUCCAUUUGCUCAAGGUCUCAGACCCUUUCGCGAAAAGAAUGUUCGUGUGGAGAGGGAGCUUAGAAACUCAGACGCAGCGACAGGGCCGUCCCGGAUUGUCCACUCCUACGGUCAAGGUGGCGCUGGAUGGAGUCUAGCAUUUGGCUGUGCAGGCGAUGUGCUCGCCCUGGUAGAGGAAGCUCUUCAAGACCUCCCACCCAAAGCGAUGAAUGCAACCCAGUCCAAAGCUGAGCAGAAAGCAGCCUCGUGCGCUAGACCGUGA